GAAAGUGUUCCGAAAACCCGGCGAAGCUAUCUAUUUUCGUUUAUGUAUUUUCAUGCCUGAAGAAUCAGCGAUGAAUAUAUAAGGGGAAAUAUUCAGUUUCUUCGGGGUAUCUUUUUGAUUUAAUAAAAUUGUGUAUAAGCUCCACUGUAACACUUCCACCAACGAGUCUCAAAUAUCCGUGGACCAUGUGCAUGCAAGUUCAACGGCUUGGAUGUCGAGUUCCAGUUUCUAGUUCCCGCUGUAAGACCGAUGCAACCAGAUCUUGUCGAAAGCCCGGAGCUCGCUGCAAAACCUUCUGCACUCCCCCACCUCGCUGUAGUUCCAGAUCCUGCUGCACAUCCGGAUCCUGUUGCAAGUCCGGAUCCUGCCGCGGACCAUGUGGGUCGUGCUCGAGUGGCUGUGCCGGAUGCUUAUCCUCCUGCUGUGGGAUAUUCCCCGAAACCUGCUCUGGUCCGUGGUGUGAGUCCUGUCUGGAUCCUUGCUGGUUCUCAUGGCUGGCUCCCGAUCUCGGGAGGUCCUGCUGUUGUGCUUGCAUGACCUGUUGUCGAUCCAAGUGCUGAUAAGAUAUGGAUAAGUGAAACGAUGUUGUGAACAAAUUAAUUUUA